AUGGUGCCCUCGAUUACAACCCUCGAUCAUGAUGCUGCGCAUAUCUCCAUCAGCGCCCUAAAGCUCCCCAAGAAGGCGACCACCCAGCUCCCCCGCGAAGUCGUCGACCUGCCUCUGACCCUCUGCGAAUCCCACAUCCUGGACGCUGCCAAUUCCCAAUAUCUAGAAUAUUUGGACGAGCACUUGGCCUCAAGUCUGGACAUCGAGUCGGUCCUUACCAUCUGUUGGCUCCUUGUCGUGAAUGGCUUCUCUCCCGUGAGAACCAUGUACCUGGAGUUCCACCCUGGCUCAAAUUUAUGCUAUGUAGACGACAAGUUCCAGCCAGGAACCAACUCUCGUGCAAUUGAAUUCUCCUCGGAACGUCCGUUGAAGGAUCUCGUCCGUGACUUCUGUCUCAUCAAGGCGGGCUUGAGCUCGGUUGACCCCGACGACGUGCCUGCCUCCGACAAGCAGAAGCACUUCCUCACUUCUGCCAUCCGCUAUGCAGGCGACCUGCCAAACUUGCAAGAGGCUCCUCCAUUUGCUAACUCAAAUAUCUCCGAGCCCAAGUUGAUGCUCAACGUGACAAACAACAAGGACAAACUCCACGCAAGCCUCGCUUUCUCCUCGCCGGAGAUGUCCAAAGAAUUCGCUACAAGCCUUCUGCACUCCCUAAACAAGGUCGUCGCCUCCAUCUACCGCUCCCCCACAAUUGCCCUCGAGGCCCUGGACCUGUGCUCCGACCUGGAUCUUAUCCUGCUGCAAAAGUACACAAAGGAAGUCUCCGACUCCCAUGAGGUUCUCCUUCACGAUAUGGCGUUGGAACACGCCAAACUGACUCCCGACGCUCCUGCCAUCUGCUCUUGGGACGGAAACUUCACAUACAAAGAAUUGGACGAUCUCACCUCUCGUCUCGCUCUGCACUUGACCACCAUUGGUGUUGGCCCGGAGACCUUUGUGCUAAGUUGCUUUGAAAAGUCCGCCUAUGCAAUUAUUGCUCGCCUGGCUAUCAUGAAGGCCGGGGGUGCGUACAUAUCCAUUGAUGCCAGUGACCCUCCCAUCUUCCUCGACUCCGUCAUUAGCCGUGUCGGCGCUAAGAUCAUGCUCACAUCCCCCGAAUACGCGUCAAAAUACUCAUCUCUGAUCACAAAUAUCAUCUCAAUUACUGGCGAUAUGUUGAAGGAGCUGCCUGAGGCGAGUGGCCCGGCAUGCACCACCGUUCAACCCUCAAAUGCUUGUCUGAUUUUGUUUACCUCCGGGAGUACGGGUCAACCCAAGGGUAUUAUCCAGGAGCAUCGCUCCUACGCCACCGCUGUCCGUGACUAUAACAAGGUCCUCGGUCUCGGUCGCCACAGCCGUGUCUUCCAGUUUGAUGACUAUGCCUUCGACAUCAGCAACAACGAUUAUCUCACUGCUCUCGCAGCCGGUGGUUGCUGCUGUGUCCCGACUCCCGAAAAGACCAUCGCCGGUCUAAUAGAGAAUGUGAACAAGAUGAAGGCCAACAUGAGCUUCAUGACCCCCACAAUCGCCAUCCAGCUCGCUCCCCAGGAUGUCCCUUCAUUAGAACUGCUCUGUGUCGGUGGUGAGCCCAUGUCAAAUGAUCUCUUAAUGAAAUGGGGUCCGCAUGUCAAGCUCGUGAAUCAAUACGGAAUGGGUGAAGCAGCCACAUUCUGCGCCUACAAUGACAACCCCAAGGCAGGCCACAACGCAGUCGUCGGGAAAUCUGGCAGCGGUGCCAUUUGGAUUGCCAAUCCUGCUUCCCCCGAGCGACCAGUGCCAGUCGGUGCUGUUGGUGAAAUCCUUAUUGAGGGACCUCAUCUUUCUCGCGGCUACCUCGAUGAGCUCUGCCAAAAACCCGAUGUCGGAUUCCUGAAGACCGUCCCUCAGUGGAUUGCGGACCUGCACCCGUCGCGCGCGGCGAAUACUCGAAUUUAUCGAUCUGGCGAUCUUGGUCGAUACCGUCAUGAUGGCACGGUCGAGCACAUGGGUCGUAAAGACACCCUGCUCAAGCUUAACGGCGGUCGUGUCGAGUCAACCGAAGUUGAGUACGUCCUUCGCAAGACCCUCUCGCCUGGCGACUUUACCGUCGUCGACAUGCUCGGCGAGAUCGACGGUGUCGAUGACCCGAUCCUGGUGGCCUUUGUGUUCCUCAGCGACAACCCAGCAAAUCUCCUCCCAAGCAUCUCCGACCAAGAAAUGUCCUUCCUCCCCAUCACAAAUCGAUUCCGCGUGAACAGCCUUGUGGAGGCAAUGCAGCAAGAAGUCGACAUCACGCUGCCCAAACACAUGAUGCCGAGCAUGUUCAUUCUCGUCGACCGCAUCCCCCGCACAAGAUCCAACAAGCUUGAUCGCAGAAAGUUGCAUCAGAUCGCUCAAAAGUGGUAUAUGGGGACCCGAAACACCUAA